UUUCAAUUUAUAUAAUUCAUAGCAUAUUUUCCAACAUUUCACAUGAGUUUAAAAAUCAUAGCAUCUGUAUAGUUGAUGUUCAAUUUUUUUCUCCAAACAUAGGUUAAAUUGGUCACAGUUAUGUAGUAAAGUAUUACGCAAUACUCUGAUUAUGCGAUAUUCAUUGCAAUCUAACUUGUAUUAUUGUUUUCAGUUUCCAGGUUUACUUUUCAUAUAUUCUAGUAAUGGUUAGAAGUUUUUUUGAUUGGUGAACAUUCAGUUGACGUUAAGUACAACCAGGCGUUUGAUCAAAUUCUACGACUUUGCAAACUUCCGUUUUUGAUUUCAAUAGAAAUGGAACCCGUAGCUAUUGCCCGAAUAACAGAUCAGGGAAAAUUUAUUGUUGAUAAUGAUAAACUGGUUGAAAUAUUCGGGUCACUUAAAGAUAAAGAUCUAUCAAUCAUUUCUGUCGCUGGUUCAUACAGAACUGGAAAAUCCUUCAUGCUGAACUUUUUUAUCCGAUAUCUUCGUGAACACGGGUGGGAAAAUAGCAAUUGGCUAGGAUCUGAUGAUAAAAAAUUACAAGAUGGAUUUGAUUGGAAACGAGGUUCACAUCCUCAUAGAAAUGGAAUCAAUGUUUGGCCAGAGAUAUUUGACGUUCCUUUGGAAAAUGGAAAAAAGAUUUCGGUGAUGAUUGUGUACACUCAAGGUCUGUUUGACAAUAAUAACACGCCAGACACUAAUGCUAAGAUCAUGUCAAUCAGCACUUUACUUUGCUCGCAUCAGAUUCUGAACAUUCAAAACCGGCUCCAGGAAAGAGAUCUGGAACAUUUGCAGCUUUCUGUAGAAUACGCCUGUGUCGCUGUUGGCCUCCAGGAAGGAAGAGAUGAAAGAGGAAAACAAAAAACAACGUUUCAGAAAUUGACAUUUUUGAUACGAGACUGGGUUAAUGAUGAUGAAUACCAAUAUGGGAAUGGAGGUGACGAGUACUUGGAUAGAAUAUUAAAAGUCAAAUCAAAAUCAAAAACCGUGAAUCAAGUGAAAGAGUCAGUGCAUCGCGCUUUUAACGAAGUCAAAGGUUUUCUCAUGCCGCCACCAGGAAAAGGAGUUUACAAAGGAGAAAAGUCUACCCUUACAAAUGCAGAUAUUAAACCCAUUUUCCGUGAGUACACAAUGCAACUCACUGAGACCGCAUUGCAUCCAAGGAAUCUGAUUUCGAAACAAAUGUUUGGAAAGCCUAUCUCUGCAAGUGCGUUGAUGAAUCUUCUUGCAGCAGUCAGUAAAUCAUUUAGAGAUAGAAAACUUCCAGAAAUCGGAACAAUGCUCGAAAACACAGUUCGAGCUUAUAAUGAUGAAGCUGUUCAAAGAGCUGUACGCAGAUACAAAGAAGUGAUGACAGAGCUUGUUCACGAAGAAAUUGCCGACACCGAUGUUCUCCGUGAAUUUCACGAUAAUGCAGUUGGCGAAGCCACGAUAACAUUUUAUGAAAUAUCAACAUUGGGAGAAGAGAGUGACAGAGAUAAAGCACAUCAACAUGCAAUAAAAGAAUGUGAAGAUUAUUAUAGAAUUGUGGAGCAGGAGAAUGAAACAAGAAAGUCCAACUCCAAAGUAAUAGAAGAAAUCAACAACUUAUCAUCCGCCACGGAAACUCAGUACAUAGAAACAAUGAGAGAACAUGAUCUCACGAAACUCUCGAAAAAGGAUUUUGAAAGAAUAAACAAGACAUUGAGUGAUUCAAUAGUGCUGGAAUUUGAUAGGCAAACUAAAGACUGGAUACGAGUGAUGCCGAGUGUGAUCAAAAACAAACGGAAAGCUUUAGAACAACGUUUAUCUACUAAUUACAAAAUAUUUGAAAAGAGAAGAUUAUACGCGGAAGAAAAGAAAGAAUUGGAAAAGCGAAUUGAUAAACUUAAUAUCAACGAAAAAGCAAGUGACGUUUUGUCCAAGUUUCAAGAAACGUUUUCUCAGAACACAGUUCGAGCUAAUAAUGAUGAAGCUGUUCAAAGAGCUGUACGCAGAUACAAAGAAGUGAUGACAGAGAUUGUUCACGAAGAAAUUGCCGACACCGAUGUUCUCCGUGAAUUUCACGAUAAUGCAGUUGGCGAAGCCACGAUAACAUUUUAUGAAAUAUCAACAUUGGGAGAAGAGAGUGACAGAGAUAAAGCACAUCAACAUGCAAUAAAAGAAUGUGAAGAUUAUUAUAGAAUUGUGGAGCAGGAGAAUGAAACAAGAAAGUCCAAAGUAAUAGAAGAAAUCAAUAACUUAUCAUCCGCCAUGGUAACUCAGUACAUAGGAACAAUGGGAGAACAUGAUCUCACGAAACUCUCGAAAAAGGAUCUUGAAAGAAUAAACAAGACAUUGAGUGAUUCCAUAUUGCUGGAAUUUGAUAGGCAAACUAAAGACUGGCUACGAGUGAUGCCGAGUGUGAUCAAAAACAAACGGAAAGCUUUAGAACAACGUUUAUCUACUAAUUACAAAAUAUUUGAAAAGAGAAGAUUAUACGCGGAAGAAAAGAAAGAAUUGGAAAAGCGAAUUGAUAAACUUAGUAUCAACGAAAAAGCAAGUGACGUUUUGUCCAAGUUUCAAGAAACGUUUUCUCAGUAUGCAAACGAAUACUGCAUGGACAUUGAAAAUCUUCAAAAGACCGAGUACAAAAAAGGCUUGAGACAGUAUGAUUCACUAACCAGGAAAUAUGAUGACGUUGCUACAGUGAAAAAUACUCGUGAAAAAUUGUCUAGAAACAUGGAACAGUACUUUACAGAUCAUGUGAAGCGUUUUAAUGAAAACAACAAGAGAGACUUAGGAUUGAAAUAUGAACAACACGUUGAAAUAGCAGUGAAUGAAUAUGAUCGACUGAUGAAACAGAUUACUUCAGAUGGUAAAUGGGAAAUGAAUAAUGACUUCAUACGCAAACAUAAAGGAUACAAGGAAGAAGCUGCGAAAGGCUUCAAUAGAUUAAUUGCAAAUAUAAAUCCAAGUCUUCCUCACGAGGAUGUGCAAGAGUACAGACAAAAAUUAGAUGAUAAAAUUAAAAAGAGAUUCAACGGCAUUCACAAGCAAAGCAAUGACAAUAACAGACAUUUACAAGAAGUGAAGGAGCAAAUGGAUAAACUGGGAAUUAAUCAAGAAGCGAGUGAAGUUAUGACCAAGUUUCAAGAAGCGUUUUCCCAGUAUGAAGACGAAUACUGCAUGGACAUUGAAAGUCUUCGAAAGACCGAGUACAAAAAAUGCUUGGAACAGUUUGAUGCAGAAAUAGCAAAAUAUGAUGAUUAUGCUACAGUGAAAAAUACUCGUGAAAAAUUGUCUACAAACAUGGAACAGUACUUUACGGAAAAUGUAAAGCGUGUGAAUGAAAACAACAAGAGACAUUUAGGAUUGAAAUAUGAACAACACGUUGAAAAUGCAGUGAAUGAAUACGAUCGGCUGAUGAAACAGAUUACUUCAGAUGGUAAAUGGGGGAAAAAUAUUGAUUUCAUUCAAAAACAUGACGAAUACAGAAAAAAAGCUGCGGAGGACUUCAAUAGAUUAAUUACAAAUUUAAGUCCAAGUCUUCCAUCUGAGGAUGUGCAAGAGUACAGACAAAAAUUGGAUAAUAAAAUGGAAGAGAGAUUCAAUAGCAUUCACAAGCAAAGCAAUGACAAUAACAUACAUUUACAAGAAGUGAAGGAGCAAAUGGAUAAACUUGGAAUUAAUCAAGAAGCGAGUCAAGUUAUGACCAAGUUUCAAGAAGCGUUUUCUCAGUAUGGAGACGAAUACUGCAUGGACAUUGAAAGUCUUCGAAAGAGCGAGUACGAAAAAUGCUUGGAAGAGUAUGAUACAGAAAUAGCGAAAUAUGAUGAUUAUGCUACAGUGAAAAAUACUCGUGAAAAAUUGUCUACGAACAUGGAACAGUACUUUACAGAAAAUGUAAAGCGUGUGAAUGAAAACAACAAGAGAGAUUUAGGAUUGAAAUAUGAACAACACGUUGAAAAUGCAGUGGAUGAAUAUGAUCAAAUGAUGAGACAGAUUACUUCAGAUGGUAAAUGGGAGAAAAAUAUUGAUUUCAUUCAAAAACAUAACGAAUACAGAGAAAAAGCUGCGGAAGACUUCAAUAGAUUAAUUGCGAAUAUAAGUCCAAGUCUGCCACACGAGGAUGUGCAAGAGUACAGACAAAAAUUGGAUAAAAAAAUGGAAGAGAGAUUCAAUAGCAUUCACAAGCAGAGCAAUGACAAUAACAUACAUUUACAAGAAGUGAAAGAGCAUAUGGAUAAACUGGGAAUUAAUCAAGAAGCGAGUGAAGUUAUGACCAAGUUUCAAGAAGCGUUUUCCCAGUAUGGAGACGAAUACUGCAUGGACAUUGAAAGUCUUCGAAAGACCGAGUACGAAAAAUGCUUGGAAGAGUAUGAUACAGAAAUAGCGAAAUAUGAUGAUUAUGCUACAGUGAAAAAUACUCGUGAAAAAUUGUCUACAAACAUGGAACAGUACUUUACAGAAAAUGUAAAGCGUGUGAAUGAAAACAACAAGAGAGAUUUAGGAUUGAAAUAUGAACAACACGUUGAAAAUGCAGUGAAUGAAUAUGAUCAACUGAUGAGACAGAUUACUUCAGAUGAUAAAUGGGAGAAAAAUAAUGAUUUCAUCCAAAAACAUAACGAAUACAGAGAAAAAGCUGCAAAAGACUUCAAUGGAUUAAUUGCGAAUAUAAAUCCAAGUCUUCCAUCUGAGAAUGUGCAAGAGUACAGACAAAAAUUGGAUAAUAAAAUGGAAGAGAGAUUCAAUAGCAUUUACAAGCAGAGCAAUGACAAUAACAUACAUUUGCAAGAAAUGAGGGAGAGAAUGAUAUCUGGUCAAUUUGUUCAGGAAGCAUUAGAUAUUUAUGAAACGGAAAUGAACAAGCUUUUAAUCAAUGGUGCAAGCUGCGAUAAUCUACAAGCAGAAAACUCAAAAUUUCAAAAGAUGGCUAAAGACAAAUUCAAGGAGCUUUGUUCAAGCAUAAAUUGUGACACUGCAAAAGAUCUCGAAAAACUGGUAUCAUUGAUGGAUAAUAGAUUUGAAAUAUUCAAGACAAUAAAUAAAAACAACGAGGAUGCAGAUUUUGAAAAAAAGAAACGCAGGGAAACAAAGAAAGUAGUGAGAGAUUAUUGCGACAGCAUGGAAAUGCAUAUAUCUCAAUACUCUUCACCUCCGAGCGACACAAAUCUCAUGGAAAAGCACACAGCGCUCAAAGAGAAUGCUUUUACAAGCUUUGAAAGAGCUUCAGGCAGCGACAAUAUCACCAAGGAUAAUAAAGAGGAAUUGGGACAAGAAAUAGAGAAUAAGUUUUCAAUAUUCAAGAGUAAGAACAAGACAGAACAAGCUAGAGUACAACUCGAGAAACAAGAGCAUGAGACAAACAAAUCUCAAGUUAAAACAGCGAGAAGCGAAGCAUACAAUCUUUUUGUGAACAAAAUGCGAAACCAUACUCAAAGAUAUGAUUCUACAAUUCAAAACUUGUGUAAUCAGCAUAAAAUAACAGCAAUGGAAAUGUUUGAUCGAAAGACAAACCUAUUGAAGACAAAAAUGUCAGCAAUUGUGCAGCAAGAACGAAACAACCUGAGCAACGAGAUUGAAGAUAAUAUCAAAAUUGUGAAUGAAGAAAAUAAAGUACGUCGUAAUUUUCUGAUACUGGUAGUACUUGUAUUUGCUUUGGGACUUAGAAAUGUAUUUGAGGUAUUUAAUUUUUGUUUUGGUUAAAUGUUGGUCAUUUUUAAAGAUGUUGCAAACUGUAUGUAUGUUAUUUUUAUUUAAUAGGAAUAUUAAUAAUUUAAUAGUUGUUGGCCUUGUUUAAGCACUGUUUAUUUAACAAUUCUAUAACGCAGAGUAAUAAAACAUAU